CAUGUCCAGUAACGAUGACCGAGUAAAGAUAAUCUAUAACAUAUAUUAAAGCUCAAAGCAAUCUUUGGUUUAACUGCUCAUAAAUCAGUCCGCUUAAUUGGAGUGUUCUAUAAGUAUGCCCCCUUGUCGUGGAAUGGUUACAGUUUGCUAUUCUAUUCUUCAAUGUCGGAGGAAAAUCAAAGGCUAUUCUAAAAUAAGUAUUGAAAGUUGGAAACUGCCAGAAGAAACAGUGAUUGUCAUUGGAGGGUUAUUAAAAUAGGUUCGUUAUCGGUAUGAGGGGAGAACAGCCAUCGAUCAUCCGAAGAAAGGAAUUAGAAUAAAGCAGCAGUCAUUAUUGCAAUAAAUGCUUAAUUGAAAAUGAAAAUUAUCAUCGGAAAGGUCUGGGUGUCUGUAUAGUGUAUACAUUCAGCAUGUGGGAUUAAACUUCCAGCAUGUUUAGACUGUAGUGUAACUGUGUUCAUUGAGAGUAUCCCUGUUGAACUAUGGCCGGGAGUAGUGAUGAAAAAGAGCAAAAACUCUCAACAGAUGAAGAACGGGACGAAGAAGAUGAACAUUCAGACGAAAUAACUGACGAUGUGAUUUCUGUAAAAUUUAACAACGGAGGACAACAUAGAAUUGGUGGGGAAGCAAUAAGCGUCGUUGUUUGUGACGAAAAUACAAACUGCGAGGAAGAAAAAAGGCAUCGGAGAUGUUGUUUUUGUUGUCUUAACUGCCACUGUAGGUGUAAAAGACAACAAGAUGAAAACAAAUUGUCCAAAAAUGACAAUAAAACUGAAAAACAGACCUCUCAAGUCCGAAACAUGUCCAAAAGUGAGCGAAGAAAAGAACGGUGUUGGAUAUGUUGUAAAAAGUUUACAGCAUUUCUCUUUUCCCAUAUUGGACUUUGUGGACUCGCCAUAGCAUAUUCUAUCAUGGGUGGUUUCGUUUUCAUGUCUUUAGAAGCAAGUCAUGAAAUAAUGGAGCGAGGAAGUGUAGAUAUGAGGAGGAAAUCUCAGGUAGAGAAGCUGUGGAAUAUUACCAAUUUCAAUUUGAUUCUCGGAAAGAAAAACUGGACCUAUGAAGUGGACAAAGUGUUGAGAGAUUUCCAAACGGAUAUAUACGAGGCCACCAAAUUACGAGGGUGGGAUGGCCAAGGCGAAGAUGCAGACGCUCAAUGGUCGUUCGCCAAUUCUCUACUUUAUUCCAUCACUGUUAUAACGACUAUAGGCUAUGGACAUAUUGCACCAAAGACAGACAUGGGAAAAUUUAUCACGAUAGUCUACGCUUUGGUUGGUAUACCAAUCACACUGCUUUGUUUGACAAAUUUGGGAGGAUUUCUGGGAAACUGCUUCCGGUGGUUCUACAAACAUGUCUGCUUAUUGACAAUAUGGUUGUGCUGUCCUUCACAGGCAAAAUGGUCAUCCGAGAGAAAGCGGGACAGAGAUAUGAAUAAGACCUUAGACAAGACCCACCAAACAAAGACACUGACCAAACGAAAGUGGUCACAGGACAGCAUGGAGAAAGGUCAGCUGAUCGGAAAUAAUGACGUCAUCGAGAUGGUUGUGAAUGAAAAAGUUCCCAAGGAGCAGGUGCGCGUUCCGAUUUUUGUCAGUCUAAUGCUGAUUGCACUGUACAUCUUCGGCGGUGCCAUUUUGUUUUCUGAGUGGGAAAAUUGGCCAUGGCUGGAUGGCGCUUAUUUCUGCUUUAUUACAUUGAGUACGAUAGGGUUUGGAGAUCUAGUUCCUGGAAUGAGAUCUGAUUCACCGGCAAACCAAGAAAAACUUAUUUUGUGUUCAUUUUAUCUCAUAUUUGGACUUGCUAUCAUCGCUAUGUGUUUUGACUUGAUGCAAGAAGAGGUCCGAGCGAAAUGCAGAUGGUUAGGCCAAAAACUUGGUCUUAUUGAAACAGAAGAUUAAUUCCAAAAUACGUAUAGAAAUAUGGAUUUAUGAGUGAUUCUAAAUUCAUUGCUUACUCUCACGUAAAAACUUUUAGACUGGAUACUUACAUUAUUUAUUUAAUCUUGCAACUCAAAGCAUUUGUCACUUUGAAUGUCAGUACAACGUGAAUGAUUCUUAAUAACGUAAAGGAAAAAAUGGGGGUUACUCGAUACUUGUAAUUUUAGAAUAUGGAAAUAUUUUGACUGUGUAGCAAACAUUCAUAGACAUUAGAAACUCUGUACAAUGGUUUUCCAAUGUAGUUUUCAAUAUGACAAACCUUUUUUCGCUUUAAAGAAUGCACGUGUAAUAUUGUUUCUGAUUUGUAACCUGAAGUUUCCAGACUAUUGCUGUUGCGAACAAGGAUUAGAUUGUAAGAAAUAGAUCAAAUCCUGGAAAACAAUUUAGGAAAGAAGCUUUGAUAAACAUUUUAAAGUUGCUGUCAACUUCAGGCACGUAUA